CACGCCGUUCCCGUUACCUCAGGCCCCCAAACUAUUCCACGUUCAUCGCGUGGGCCCCGAAGGUUUAGUGCGUGACACAUUCCAGCGGUGUUCGAAUCACUCUUGAUUCGCGAUAUUCCGAUCCGUUCAUCGUAUAUCCGGCAACGAAAUCAAUCGCAUCCGGAGACAGUUCGGACCGGAACGGUUUCUCCGCCGAGGUGUUCAGGGUCGUGAAACAGACACAGGUGUACGUAUGAGAUAGGAAAAGUCCCUAAGCCGCGGCGAAGGGAUGCCAGACGUUCGACUUCUGUCCCUCGUUCUCGCGUGCUUCGAUUUCCUGAUGAUCUACGCGACCGAGAAUCCGAUCGACACGCCGAGGACGCUCUCACGACAGAAGAGGUACUUGAUUUUCCCGGAGGGCAGCAACCUGCAGCUGGUGUUUUGCCUGACGGUUGGAACGUACGCCAGAGAGAAUGACGUGGUGAUGGGCAUGACGGCCGCUUUGGCCUGGGAGCUGCCGAGCAAAGUCGACAACAAAAUAUCGGAAUUGCUUCAUCGCAGGAGCAGGAGCAUCCUGUACCCGAAAAUAGAAGCUCUCCUGCAAUCCACCGGCAUCGAUGGCAGAGCCUGCGUGAUGAGGGCGCUCUGCGAGGCGGCCCAAAGGGACCCUUCGGACCACGGGAAACGGACCCUCGUACAGGAGCUGCUGCACGCGAUUUUCACGCUGCCGGAAGAUGGUGGAACAUUCGAACGCGAAGAGGACCAAGCUUACGAGGACGCGUUUCGAGCCACCGAAAAUUGCGAACGCCUCUAUCCGAGCUGCCGGCAUUCCAUUUACUCGGUGGAGUUCUGAGGCCGAGCCUGAAGCAGCCUUUGCGCGGUUCCACCGGAAGUCGUAUGCGUGUGCAGUGUCGACCAAAUUUUGUCCAGGACACGCCGCUUAGCGGUCGAUUCCUUCCAAAACUGGGGCAAAAAUCGUUAUGACUUGAAAACUUGCUUACAGACAGGCAACAAAACGGGAUAUACUUUAUUAUGCACGUAGCGUUUCUGCGAAGUAAUGACAUAAAUUUAUUAUUGAAUUUUA